ACAACGUUUUCCAACCGCGACGGAUGUGCGAUACAAAAAUAACAAUCAUCACGCUGCAAAGCAACAAUGUGCGCAACGAAAAUCUCACCAUUUUUCUCCUACGGAUUUAUCGUUCUGCUUCUCAACACACGUGUACAGAGCAUGUUCUUCAAAAGACCCCCAGCCACGAUCACAUUAGAAGAUAUCCAUCCGGCAAACGGAGCAAUACGAUUUGACUCAGAAGACAUCGAUUACUACGAGAAUAUCAACCCGCAUUGCAGGACGAUUUUUCUAAUUCAUGGCUGGUAUCCAGAUCAAUACAAUGCUUUCGAUAAAUCUUAUGAGGAAUUACUCGCGAAGGAAAAGUGUUGUAAUGUUGUGAAUGUACUAUGGAGGUUUGAAGAUGAUACAGAUGGGUAUUACGAGGCGGCAAAGCGAAUACCAGCUGUGGCUGCACAUGUGGCUGAACACAUUGUUGAACUGCAUCAAUUUGGUCUAUUGCAACAUUUAGUCGAAAUUGUAGGGCAUUCGAUGGGCGCGCAUAUUGCUGGCACAGCGGCAAGAAUAGCCAAUCGGCGUGGACGUGUUGUAGAUGUCCUUCUUGCUCUGGAUCCCUGCGGGCCGGGUUUCACGGAUUAUGAUCUUACUUAUGCAAAGUACAAACUAACUAGUAAAGAUGCCUCUAGGGUGAUUUCACUCUACACUAAUCAGAACUAUUUGGGCAGUUCUGAACCUACGGGAGAUGUUGUUUUCUUUGCGAAUGAUGGUAGUAAUCAACCUGGAUGUGACCUAGAUAUUUGGUGUGACCAUCGGAGAGCUAUAGAUUAUUACAAUGAAAGUUUAAAUAAUCAUAAAUAUGUAGCGUAUGAUCGAAGUGGUAAUCAAGCAACAUUUCAAAGUUUAAACCAUGAAGCACCAGGGCAUUAUUAUUUUUCUACAAGAAAUUUACAUAUAACUACACAAGCUCCACAACAAAAACCAGACAACUUCAAUAGUUUCAAAAAAGAGCCGAAAAAUACAAAACCCGAUUCAACUCCAAAUGAUUUCCAAUUCAUGUUGAAUCAUAUAAAUAAAUACAAUAACCGUGAGGAUCUCCACGAAAAAACCGAACCAGUUAAAGCCAAUGUUGAUACAAGUCUGGAUUCGAUGGAUUUCAUGUUCAGCCGACUAAAUAAACACAAUAAUUAUCAAGAUACAAGAAAAAAAGAUGAACCCAAAGAGAAUAAGAUUGAUACCAGUAUGGAUUCGAUGGAUUUUCUCUUUACUAGAUUUAAUAAAUAUAAUAAACUAUAUAAUAAAUAA